UUAUGUCCUUACUAAGCUUCCAUAUUGUGCAUGUUUAUGUAUUUGUUAUCUAUAAAUAAAUGUGCAGUACGGUUACUUCGCUGCUGGAAUGCAUCCACAAGAUCUCCAGAAUCACAUGCUUUGAUGAGCUAAACAAGAAGUAAGUUCAUGUCAUGAUGGCAAACCAGGGGAUAUCACAUAGAGUUAACCAGUGGCAGAAAUUCUGCAAUGACCACAAGGAGAAACAGAUGAUCAACCCUUUCUCUGACUGGUCAGGGGCGUCCCACAGGCAGAAACUGGACAAAGAUGACCCAAACUACGGCCGUCCCGUGGAGGGGUCAAUGACGGAAUACAGGGGUCAACAGGCGGGGGAACUCAUCAGCGGAGAAAUCAUGGAACUGUGUCACGUGAUAGCUGAUCUCGGACGGAAAAACGCAGAUGGGUCGUUUUGUAUUUCUUUCGGACAAUUAUUCGAGGCAUAUACGACGAUAUCUAAUAAACUGGUGGGCAUGUUGAUGCGAGCACGGAAGCAAAAACUGCUGACUUUUCCUGGCGAAAUGUUAUUUCAGAGAAGAGACGAUGACGUAAUAAUUACAUUAUUUAAAAUUCCUUCCACUCAGUGAUUUGUUCGAAAUUACAUCUACAUGUAUUUAUAUUUUAUAUGUUAGAAAAUAUGUCGUAUGAAAAAUGUCGAAUAAAAUUUCACCGAACAAAAUAUAAGAAAA